AUGCCACCAAGACAACUUUGCAAAAACAAUACAAGAAAUUCUCAUAUUCUAAAAAUUCAAAAUAAAAAACAUAGAGAACUUUUUGAAUUAUUUAAAGAAUACAGAAGGCGAAUUAAUGCACAAGCUCAGGAAUCUGAAUUAAAAAAAUCUAAAUUAAAAAAUACCAAAAUAGAAAAUUCUAAAAAAGCCCAAUUUGAAAAAGCAAUCGAAACUGUCAUAUGGUUUUGUCAAGUCAUGUGA